AUGAACCGUGGUAAAAAAGUAUCCUUUUUUCUCACGGAAACCGGUCGUCAGGUCGUAUUUUACGGCGCAACAACGGUUGCAAUAGGACUGUUCGCUGGUCACUACUUUCCACACUCGAUAUGCAUUUCUUACUACAAGGAGUUCGUGCAAGCGUACAGAAAUGGUGAAGAACGUAAGCUUUCCGAAAAGCUGGAACAGCGCUACAAGCGUGCAUUAAAUCUGCUAGAUUUGACCGAGUUUGAGAAGAAGUUUGCCAACCCGUUCGUCGUGUACGGAUUCGAUGUGUUCAAUGCGGGAUCGUUCAAAACACGGUUCGGAGCGUACGUUGGCAUACCUACCAACUUCGAGUACGAUAGUGCGGCGGAAAUCGAUCGUACCGACAUUAAAAUACGGAAUCAACCGAUCGACUGGAACACGGAACCGGGCAAACUGCUCGAGGAUGCGCUAGUGCUGAGUGAGGACGAGCAGGUGUUUGGAAUGGCGCGCGAACUGCUGACGAUGAAAACGCACAAAACGCUCAUUCAAUCCAUUAUACCAACUGUUUCGUGGAUGUUUACGUACAGCUUAGCAUCACAGUUAAAUGAGCGGUGUAACUUUUACGCCCGACCCCGCUCGCUGCGGCUCAUGCUGUACGCGAUCUGCGGUCUGUUCGGAUUUGGCAUUUAUUCGUUCUCGACCGACAUGACCGAAAUUUACUACGAAACUAAUGUCGAUAAGCAAAUGGCCACGCUCGGGCCAGAUGUGGUUGAUGCUGGAGCAAGGUUUUACGAUAAAGUGCUUAAGAAAAACGUAGCCAUUCGUAAGCUGACCGGUGAGGAUUACUACACGGCAAAGGGUAACGUGAACUACCUGAUCCGACAGAAGGCUGCUCCGUUGACGUUGCGGAAAGAAUUUUUCCAAACGGGUUACAAGGAUUACACGGUGGGCACGGAGGAAACGAGUUAG